CGAUGAGCUCGGUCCUCCCGGUCCGACGUUGAUGCGUACACCGUUGUUCUGUAUGGAGAAAUGAGCUCACACCUCCACCGUGACUCGCUGUCAUGCGACAUCAAACAACAUCAACAUGUCCACCACCUGGUUGAUUACUGGUACUUCUCGCGGCCUCGGGUACGAGUUUGUUCGACAGCUCGUCGAGGACCCGGCCAAUACCGUUUUCGCCACAUGUCGCACACCGGAAAAGGCAGAAAAACUGCAUGCCCUCAAGCCCAAGGGGAAGCUGCAUAUUCUCCAACUGGACCAGGAGGACAAAACAAGCGUGGAUAAGGCUGCCAAGGAGGUCGAGAAACUGUUAGAGGGGAAAGGUCUUGAUUACUUGCUGAACAGCGCUGCUGCCCAAUACGGAGGGAACGACUCUGCCGUCACCCUGGAUUCACAACAGUUCAUGGACACGAUCAAGAACUGCGUCCUUGGGCCUGCGCUUGUCGUUCAGGCGCUUGUCGCCCUCGUCGAGAAAGGCAACAAGAAGGUUAUCAUGAACAUGACGAGCGGUCUUGCGAGCAUUGGAUUGGACUGCGGGCCAAAGAAUGCGAGCUACAGUAUUGCUAAGACGGCGUUGAACAUGUACACCUACAAGCUAGCCAAGGAGAAGCCAGAUCUUAUCACGUUUGUUAUUGACCCCGGCUGGGUUAAGACUGAUAUGGGUGGACCGGGUGCCAUGCUCGAACCGGAUUUCUCGAUCGGCAACAUGCUCAAGACGAUCAAGGGCGCGACGCAGAAGGACUCGGGCACUUUCAAACGGUAUAAUGGCGAGCCGAUCCCGUGGUAGAUGCUAUGUGGAAAGGAGGUGAAGUAGGCAGAGUCGCAUUACCACGAGAUGGAUACAUGAGAUCAAGCGUCUGGACAUGGAGAGCUUGCCUUGCU